CCGUCACUGGCUCUGCGCCGUGGCUAUGCCUCGCCGACGGCAUCCAACCUGCCUGCCGGACUCCAGAAUGCCAUCCAAAAAGAAGCAUCCCUGGCCACACCGGACCCUUCGUCAGACUCGCAGACUAGCCGUCUCGUAGGCCAAUCGACACCCUACAUGGUUCCCACCUACGUCCGCCCUCCGCCCAUGUUCCAAAAGGGAGAAGGUUGCUUCUUGUGGGACGUUGAAAACAGACAAUAUCUCGACUUCACAUCUGGAAUCGCCGUCAACGCCUUGGGCCACUGCGACCCCGAGAUGUCCAAGCUGCUCGCCCAGCAACUGCUCGUAGAAAAGACGGUCGAGUCAGGCGCUAUGACCGACGCAGCAAGAGCAUUCAUCUGCAACUCUGGUUCCGAGGCCAACGAGGCUGCCAUCAAGUUCGCUCGCAAGUGUGGUCGCACCGCCGACGAGUCGGGAAACAAGCACGAAAUUGUCUCGUUCCACAACUCCUUUCACGGCCGCACAAUGGGCUCGCUCUCGGCCACUCCCAACCCCAAGUACCAGAAGCCCUUCGGUCCCAUGGUUCCUGGCUUCAGAUACGGCACCUACAACGACAUCGACGCCAUCAACGACCUUGUCACAGAUAAGACUUGCGGUGUCAUCAUCGAGCCCAUCCAGGGUGAGGGAGGUGUCAAUGUUGCGACCGACGACUUCCUGCUUGCCCUUCGUCGCCGCUGCACAGAAGUCGGUGCCGUCCUGAUCUACGAUGAGAUUCAGUGUGGUCUCGGUCGUACCGGCACUAUGUGGGCCCACGGUGCUCUCCCCAAGGAAGCACACCCCGACAUCCUGACCACCGCAAAGGCCCUCGGUAACGGCUUUCCCAUCGGUGCUACCAUCGUCACCGAGAACGUUUCCAGCAAGAUCGUGACCGGUGACCAUGGAACUACUUUCGGCGGCAACCCUCUCGGUUCCCGUCUUGCACACUACAUCGUUGGCCGUCUCUCCGGCGCCGAGAUCCAAGACGGUGUCAUUCAGAAGGAGAAGAUCUUCCGCAAGCGCUUUGAACAGCUCAAGCAAAAGUACCCCGAUGUUAUCACCGAGGUCCGUGGACGUGGUCUCUUGCUCGGUGUCCAACUGUCUCAAGACCCCACUCCUGUCAUCACCGCCGCCCGUGAACGCGGUCUUUUGAUCAUUACUUGCGGAACCAACACUCUCAGAUUCGUUCCUCCGCUCAUCAUCUCCGAGACCGAGAUUGAGCAAGGCAUGGACAUCCUUGAGGAUGCUAUGAAAGCUGUUUUCAGAACAGACGAGCACAUUCCUGGCACCGAUGGCCAACAAGAGAUGCGCGCCUCAUAG